AUUAUGGCCACCUGCGACGCUGUACUUCAGUCUCUUGCCAAGCUUUCCCUCUCGCCCAGAACUGUGUCUCAUGAGAGUGUGUCUGACAACAAAGCUUGGGCUGCUGCUCUUGCCAGCACCAAGGACGCGGUGUUUGAGAUGACUAAGACACUCAUCUUGAAGCCCAAGACCGCCAAGACUGCUGCUGCCACUCCCGUCGUUGUCAUUGCACUCGAGUCGACCGAGACCCCCGUCCCUGCUCUUGGAAAGAAACUUAGCCUCAAAGACUGCCGUUUCGCCAACGAAGAAUUGUUGCAGACCACUUUUGGCGUCAACAAGGAUCAAGUUUCUCCCUUUGCCUUAUCUAAUGUGGCUGAUCUUAGCUUGGUUCACUUGGUUGUGGACUCUGCUAUCCUUGCCCUCCCUGCAACUACCUUGUUGGCCUUCCACCCCUCGGCUGCCGACAAGACUGUAUUUGUCACAGUCGAUCAGUUGAAGGCUUAUUUCAAAUCCAUCUCCAAGGAUUUCGUCGAAAUUGACUUUAAGGCUAUUGCUACUGCUGCUCCCGCUGCUGCUGCUGCUUCUGGCUCCAAGCCUGCUGCCAAGCCUGCACCAAAGAAGAAGGCCGCAGCUGAAAUCGAGGCUUCCGCUGAUGAGGUUCACCAAAUGGGUAUUGAGGCUAAGAAGGAAGUUGACUUCCCCAAGUGGUACCAGCAGGUUUUGACCAAGAGUGAGAUGUUGGAGUACUAUGAUGUCUCUGGCUGUUACAUCCUUCGUCCUCUCGCUUACAACGUCUGGAAGGAGAUUACCAACUUUUUUGAUGCCGCCAUCACUGAAAUGGGUGUUGAGGACACAUAUUUCCCUAUGUUCGUCUCCAACCGUGUCUUGCAGCGUGAGAAGGAUCAUAUCGAAGGUUUUGCUCCCGAGGUUGCGUGGGUCACCAAGGCUGGAUCAGCUGACCUGGAAGAACCGAUCGCCAUUCGUCCCACCUCAGAGACAGUCAUGUACCCUUACUUCUCCAAGUGGAUUCGUUCUUACCGCGAUCUCCCCUUCCGUAUCAACCAAUGGUGCUCAGUCGUUCGCUGGGAAUUCAAAAACCCCCAGCCUUUCCUCAGAACUCGCGAGUUCUUGUGGCAAGAGGGUCACACUGCCCAUUUGACUCUUGAGGGCGCUGACAAGGAAGUUCGUGAGAUCUUGGAUCUUUAUGAGCAGGUUUACACCGAUCUCUUGGCUGUUCCUGUAGUGAAGGGUGUAAAGUCUGAGAAAGAACGUUUCGCCGGUGGAUACUACACCACUACCGUCGAAGGUUUCAUCCCCACCACCGGUCGUGCUAUCCAGGGUGGUACCUCCCACUGUCUCGGCCAGAACUUCAGUAAGAUGUUCAACAUCGUGAUCGAGGAUCCCAGUGCCCCAGCCAAUGCCACCGAGGAAGCCAAGAAGCUCCACGUCUGGCAAAACUCCUGGGGUCUGUCCACCCGUACAAUUGGUGUUAUGGUGAUGAUUCACAGUGACGACAAGGGUCUUGUCCUCCCUCCCCGUGUUGCCCUCAUCCAGACCGUUGUCGUUCCUUGCGGUUUGAACGUCAAGACCACCAAGGAGGAGUCCGAUGACAUCUACGACAGAUGCCAGGCCGUUGCUGCCCGUCUCAAGAAGACCGGUCUCAAGUCCAAGGCUGAUUUGAGAGAGAACUACAGCCCUGGCUUCAAGUUCAACCACUGGGAGAUCCGUGGUGUUCCCCUCAGACUCGAGUUGGGCCCCAUGGACAUCAAGAAGAACCAGGUCACUGCUGUCCGUCGUGACACCGGUGCCAAGUUUGCCAUCCCUCUCGACAACCUUGAGAAGGGUGUCCGCGAUGCUCUUGACACCAUCCAGAACGACAUGUUCCAGAAGGCAAAGGCAAAGAUGGAUAGCUCCAUUGUCCGCAUCAACAAGUGGGAAGAUUUCGUUCGUACCCUCAACGACAAGAAGCUCUGUUUGAUUCCCUGGUGUGACCGCAUUGCCUGCGAGGAUGAUAUUAAGGAAAGAUCUGCCCGUGUUGCCACCGAGGGUGAGGAAGAAGAUGAUCGCGCUCCUUCCAUGGGUGCCAAGUCUCUCUGCAAGCCAUUUGUCCAGCCCACCGAGAACCCCAUUGUUCCCGGCGUCACCAAGUGCAUUGCUUGUGACCACGAUGCCAAGCACUUUAUGCUCUUUGGUAGAAGCUACUAAUCUUAACCAAAUACACAAGUACACAAAUUCACAAAAUACACACAAACAUACAAACACGAUAUAUAUAUAUUCUGUAUUUCUUUUCUUUCUCAUAUCUCCCAAUCCCCCCUUUUUUUUCUUCUUUUUUGAAACAAUAAAAAUAAUUAACAUUAUUGUCUUUUACUUUACCAC